UGUCAAAGGUGUCAAACGCCAUCAACAAAAUUUGUAAACUCAUCCAUUUACAACUUGAUUGAAAAGUUUUGUGUGAUUUUCAUCGAUAAAACGGCUUUUUCUAUCAAAAAUAUCUUGUUCAAGCCUAUACGAGGUCAAUUGUGAUAUAUUACUUAGCAGUGGAAGUAUUGUCAAAAUCAUGCAACCAACGACUAUGUCUGGUAUUAAUGCGGGCCCUUUCUGGAGCAACGGACCAAGUCCCGGAGCAUUCUAUAACUUUCCUGGAUUCCACGCCGGUAAUGGAGCCAUCUCGGCUCGAUCGGAAACUCCUGGCGAGUAUGGAACCCAGCGUUCAUACACUCCGGUUACGACGGGAACAUCAGUGAUUGGACUGAAAUUUGCCAACGGUGUGAUAAUUGCUGCCGAUAAGCUGGUUUCCUACGGAUCGUUGGCCCGCUUCCACGACGUUGAUCGUGUGUACAAGAUCAAUGACAAAACAAUCAUCGGCAUCGGUGGCGAUUUCGCGGAUUUCCAGUACAUUAAGCGACACAUUGACCAGAAAGUGGUUGAUGACAUGUGUUUGUCAGAUAAAAACGAGCUGAAACCGAAAUCUCUCUACAAUUGGCUCACGCGAGUGAUGUAUAAUCGCCGUUGCGAUUUCAAACCACUCUACUUGGAUAUCGUUGUCGGAGGCAUGCAAGACGAGGAGCCCUUCCUGGGCCACGUGAAUCUGCGUGGCCGUGCGUAUACGAGCAAUGUCGUCGCGACCGGUUAUGGCACCCAUCUGGCCCUCCCACUGCUCCGUGAGUAUUCGGAAAAUCCAACCGCCUAUGCCGGACUGGAUAAACAGAAGGCAUCCGAGUUGACCAAGAGCGUGAUGGAGGUGCUGUGGUAUCGCGACUGCCGCAGUGAUCCCAAAUAUUCUCAGGCCGUUUGCACUACAGACGGAGUCCAGGUGGAUGCGCAUUGCUUCGUCAAACAGAACUGGAACUUGGCCACGAUGAUUAAGGGGUAUUAGGGCAAUGCAAUGUCACGAACGUGAUAUUCAUAUGAUUUAUUGAUUUUCGUGAAUAAAAUUUGAAAUUAUAAUUCAUUUAUCCAUACAUUCAAA